UUUCAAUAGUUCCAUUAUGCAACGUCACGCAGCUGCAUAAGUCCAUUAGAAUAUACUCAUUCUCCAGAAAAACGAUUGCAUUUAAACAUUUGUGAUAGCAGACAUACCCAACAUAAACCAAAAACAAACAAAACACGCACGAUGCUCAAAACCUGUCGCCGUGUCUGCACCUUACCCCGCUUCUCUGGCACUCGCACUUUAAACGCUGCGAUCACCCAACGGCAUCAGCAUAAAGCAGCGAACGCAACCAAGGACACCAUGGAUAAGUUUGAUUUGCCAAAACGCUUGCAGGGCAGUACGCCCAGCGUGUGGAACGAAUAUAUUGCCCUAGCCAUGCAGUAUAAGCCAUUAAAUCUUGGCCAAGGUUUCCCGGAUGAUGCUGCACCAGACUACGUCACCAAUGCCCUCGCUGAUAUUGCCAAGGAUCCAAAUCCGCUACUGCAUCAGUACACCAGAGGCAAUGGCCAUGUGCGUUUGGUGCAGGCUCUGGCGAAGCUUUACAGCGGCCUCAUUGGACGCGAGCUUAACCCGUUGAACGAUAUACUGAUAACAGCGGGUGCCUACGAAGCAUUGUAUUCCACAAUUAUGGGACACGUUGAUAACGGUGACGAGGUCAUCAUUAUUGAACCUUUCUUCGACUGCUACGAACCAAUGGUCAAAAUGGCCAACGGAGUGCCGCGUUUCAUUCCCUUGAAAUUGCGCGAGAAAGAAGGUCCCAUCAGCUCUGCCGAUUGGGUGCUGGAUGAAGACGAGCUCGCAAAACUAUUUAAUGAAAAAACGAAAAUGAUCAUACUAAACACGCCACAUAAUCCAACUGGCAAAGUCUUUCAUCGCAAGGAGUUGGAGGUCAUUGCUGACUUGUGUCGCAAGUGGAAUGUGCUCUGCGUCUCGGAUGAAGUCUAUGAGUGGCUCGUCUUCGAUGGAGUGGAACACGUACGAAUCAACACCUUGCCUGGCAUGUGGGAGCGCACCAUUACCAUAGGCUCGGCAGGCAAAACCUUCUCGGUGACGGGCUGGAAAACCGGCUGGGCUUAUGGACCGCACGAGUUGAUAAGAAACUUGCAAAUGGUUCAUCAGAAUUCGGUUUACACCUGCCCAACGCCACUGCAAGAAGGCGUUGCACGCAGCUUUGAGUUGGAACUUGAACGUCUGGACAAACCAGAGUGCUAUUUUCAUAGCUUGCCGCGAGAACUGCAACCUAAGAGAGAUUUUAUGGCCAAAUUCCUAAACGAGGCUGGACUACGUCCCACAAUACCCGAGGGAGGCUAUUUCAUGCUGGCGGAUUGGACACCCCUUGCAAGCAAGCUGAACCUGGAUUCGGAGACCGACAAGUACAAGGACUACAAGUUCACCAAGUGGAUGACCAAAAACAUGGGCCUGCAGGGCAUUCCGCCCAGUGCCUUUUAUAGUGAACCCAAUAAGCAUUUAGGCGAGGACUUUGUGCGCUACUGCUUUAUCAAGAAGCAAGAGAAUCUUAACAAGGCAGCUGAGCUGCUCAAGAGCUGGAAAUAAUGUGUAGUUUAAAACUGCUCAAACUCCAUUUGUACAUUAUCAAUAAACGAAUUUGUUUUGAAUUUAACGCGAGUGUCUCGCAACGUUUGAUCGUCGCAUCAUGCAGGCUUGAACGUGUACGCAGAUUCAUAACCUGCGCACGGUGCAAUUACAUAACCAAGAAACGAAUGCCAAACAAAAACUAUUGUUUCCGUGUAAUAGCCUUACUCCAAUCUCCUUUUAUUUGCAAUCCAAUAACAUGUUCAUCCGCACCAAGUACAUUGGAUUUCUUUGUAUGUGUGUUACGCUUUGUAUGUGUGUGUGUAUUAAACUAAAGGAAAAGUAAACGCUUUAGAUAUCGAAUACGGACUUCAGAGCCAAUUCGGGUUUGUCGUAGCCCAGCUCCUCGACAGUUGGCACUCCCAGCUCCUUCAGAGUUGGUGUGAUCUUCUCCAACAAGUAGGGAUAGAGUGUUGCCUUCUGGUCACCGCACUUGUCCUUGCAGCCCUCCAGCCACCUGAUGGCCAAAGCAAUGUCGUUGACACGACGGCAAGCACGCAGACCGGACUCGAUCACCUUUGGGCUGGGCACCAGAUCCAUGCCGAGCAAAUCGUUCAUGCCCUUGCGCACCUCCCAGCCGUCGAUGCCUUCACGAGCAAAGUAUUUCUCGUAACGCUUGUCGAACUCCUCGGCCGAUUCCUCGGAUCCGUGGACGCAACGCACGGCGGCAACACGCGAGGCUGUGGUGCCAACGGUGCCGCGCAUGGCGGUGGCGAAUUUACCGGCAGUAAUACGCAA